GUGCUGCAGUAUAGAGGGAAAACCAUCGUCUGUGACACAGAUGAACUUGAUUAGAGCACGGUAGAUGCGAUUUUAAUCACUCACUUCCACCUCGAUCAUGCUGCUGCUCUGACCUAUAUCAUGGAAAAGACUAACUUCAGGGAUGGCCGCAAGGGUAAGGUGUACAUGACGCAUCCUAUGAAAGCUGUGCACAAAUUUAUGCUGCAGGAUUUUGUUCGAAUGAGUUCGUCGUCUUCCGAUGCUCUAUUCACUCCCCUCGAAAUGUCCAUGUCGCUGUCGUCAAUUAUUCCGGUCUCUGCCCACCAGUUGAUAACACCUUGUCCUGGAGUUUUAUUCACUCCUUAUCAUGCAGGCCAUGUAUUGGGUGCAUGCAUGUUUCUCAUCGAUAUAGCCGGCCUCAAGAUUUUGUACACAGGGGACUAUUCUCGCGAAGAAGACCGACAUCUUGUCAAAGCAGAAGUUCCACCUGUCCGACCGGAUGUCCUCAUUGUCGAAAGUACAUAUGGCGUUCAGAGCUUAGAGGGUCGCGAUGAUAAGGAAUUGCACUUUACAAGUCUCAUUCACUCAAUUAUUAGGCGUGGAGGACACGUCCUUCUACCCACUUUUGCUCUCGGACGAGCUCAGGAACUUCUCCUUAUCCUCGAUGAAUAUUGGAAGAAGCACCCAGACCUGCACAACGUGCCCAUUUAUUACGCUUCUAAUCUGGCGCGUAAAUGCAUGGCUGUAUAUCAGACGUACAUACAUACAAUGAACUCGAACAUUCGCUCGCGGUUCGCGAAGCGAGACAACCCAUUUGUCUUCAAGCAUAUUUCUAAUCUUCCACAACCACGCGGUUGGGAACGAAAAUCGCGGAGGGUCCCCCGAGUGUCGUGCUGGCAAGUCCAGGUUUUCUUCAAACUGGGCCUAGUAAUGAGUAAUAUCAAUCGAAGGUAGCGCGAGCCAAAGGAAGAACGGGGUUCGGUAUUAUUAUACCUCAGAAAAUAGUGGUCUUUCAAUGGUUGAAUUGUUCUGGACCCACGCCCGCAACAGUUUCAAUCAAGGAAACCGUAAUGCAGUAAGACAGCAUCGCUUUGAAACUAUGGGAGACCUUCCAGAAGACCCUUCACACCAUUUGUCCCAACGAUCCUUUCCAACCUGAACUUGUCAUACUUGGAAUAAAUGACUCUUGACACUACAUCAGAAGCCUCCACCUCGUCGUCGAGGAAUGGGAA